UUUUGUUGGCAAAGACUCGCCACAGGAUGGAGUGAGUGGACUGCACUCAAGCUGAGCACUUGAGCAGAACUCCAAGAACUCAACACCAAUAUAGAGAACAGCUAGCUAGCGCACCGUUGAACCGGCCGGCCAGCAGGCGAGGAGGCGACGGCCGACGGAGGCAGACAUGGCGCCGGUGCACGUGCUAGUGUUCCCGUGGCCGCUGCAGGGCCACAUCAACUCCAUGCUCCACUUCGCCGCGGGGCUCCUCGACGCCGGACUCCACGUCUCCUUCGUCCACACGGAGCACAACCUCCGCCGCCUUGACCGUGCCAAGGCCGCCGCUUCGCCACGCCUCCGCCUCGUGUCCAUUCCGGACGGCCUCCCCGACGACCACCCCCGCUCGGUGGACGACCUCAAGGAUCUCUCCAAAUCCCUGAUGACGACGGGCACUGUCCCGUACCGUGCCCUGCUCGCGUCGAUGCUCUCUGCUGGGAGCCAUGCCGCCGAUGGCGGAUUUCCGCCUCUGUCGUGCGUCGUGGCCGACGGCUUGCUGCCGUUCGCCAUCGAUAUCGCGGAAGAGCUCGGCGUGCCGGCGCUCGCUUUCCGAACGGCAAGCGCGUGCAGUGUCUUGGCUUACCUGUCCGUGCCCAAGCUCAUGGAGCUCGGCCAGGUCCCCAUCCCUGUCGGCGCCGACCUCGAUGAGCCGGUCCGUGGCGUUCCGGGGAUGGAGGAUUUCCUGCGGCGACGAGAUCUUCCAAGCGCUUGCCGCCUCCGCGCCGACACCAACGCCGUCGACCCCCUGCUGCACAUACUCGUCAACUACAGCACUCACAGCGCCAAGGCACGGGCGCUCAUAUGCAACUCCCCGGCGUCGCUGGAGGGAUCGGCGCUCGCGCACAUCGCGCCCCAGAUGCGCGAUGUCUUCGCCAUUGGCCCUGUCCACGCCAUGUGGGCGGCGCCGGCGCUGCCCACCAGCUUGCUGCGCGAGGACGAAGGCUGUAUGGCGUGGCUCGACGGGCACGCCGACCGGUCCGUCGUGUAUGUGAGCUUGGGGAGCCUCGCCGUCAUUUCGCUGGAGCAGUUCACCGAGUUCCUGUCCGGGCUCGUCGGCGCCGGCUACGCUUUCCUGUGGGUGCUCCGGCCGGACAUGGUCGGGGAGAGCCAGAGAGGCGUCCUCCAGGAAGCCAUCGACGCGGCCGGGAACGACAAGGUUCGCGUCGUGGACUGGGCGCCGCAGCGAGACGUGCUCCGGCACCGCGCCGUGGGGUGCUUCCUGACGCACGCCGGGUGGAACUCCACGCUGGAGGGCAUCGUCGAGGGCGUGCCGCUGGUGUGCUGGCCGUUCUUUGCCGACCAGCAGAUCAACAGCCGGUUCGUGGGCGCCGUGUGGGGGAACGGGCUGGACAUGAAGGACGUCUGCGAGAGGGCCGUCGUGGAGGGGAUGGUGAGGGAGGCCAUGGAGUCCGCCGAGUUAAGGAUGAAGGCUCAGGCGCUGGCGCAGCAGGUGAGGCGGGACGUUGCUGAGGGGGGCUCGUCGGCGACGGAGUUCGAACGGCUCGUCUGCUUCAUCAAGGAGCUCACAGUCAAGGCUGCAACCGCAAGUAACAACACCGUGUGACUUUGCUUCGGAAAAGUUUUCCGGGGGAAGGAACUGGUUGACUCGCUCCGCGACGUGUUCAAAGUAGGAUCGUUUGUAAUGGAUGAAUGAAUAAAGUACUGUACUACUACUCCAGUA